AUGGGCAAGAAGAGAGCGAGAGAGGAGGCCGCAAGUAUCCCAGCAGCGGAGAACAGGGAUGGCGAUCGAAUGGAUGAGGACGAAGAGGAAAGCGAUGACGAUGAGCAUUUUCAUACGCUACAAAUAGAAUUCGAGUGGUUCAACUUUGCGCCUGAUAUCGACUUUCACGGCACGAAGUCGCUGCUGCGGCAGCUGUUUGACGUCGAUGCCAGCCUUUUCGACACGUCGGCGCUCGCAGACCUCAUUCUGUCACAGCCGACAAUCGGCUCGGCCGUCAAAGUCGACGGCAAGGAGAACGAUCCCUACGCCAUUCUCACCGUCCUCAACACCCACGAGCACCGCGCAAAUGAGUCGAUGAAGAAGAUGAUGGCGUACCUGGCGGAAAAGGCGAGGGCCAACGACUCCCUGGCCGCCAUCGACGAGGUCAUCAAGGCCAGGGCCCAGGUCGGUCUGAUCCUCUCGGAGCGCCUCAUCAACGUGCCGUCCGAGAUUAGCGCGCCCAUGUACUCGAUGCUCAUUGACGAGAUGGAGGCUGCCGUGGAAGACAAGGAGCCGUACGAGUUUAGCCACUACCUCAUCAUGUCCAGAGCGUUCCACGAAAUCGAGUCGACUCUUGACGCUGACGAUCGCAAGCCGAAGAAGGCAAGGGAGGAACGUGUUACACAAUUCUUCCACCCCGAGGACGAGAUUUUUCACAAGCACGCUCUGGCAUACGGUAACUUUGUGUACACCAAGGAGGGAGAUGUGGUAUCGGAUAGCAAGCGAGCGUUCCAAGAAGUGGGCAUCCAGACGAUUGGUCACAUGAUGUUAGUCGAGGGGAGCAAGUUUGAGGGCGCCGUCAAGGAGAUAAAUGCGUUGUUCAAACCCCAGCAACCUCAGCAAUGA